AGCUCGAAGAAAUGGAAUGACGGCAGGCACCUUUCAACAAUGAAGGAAGCAGCUUUUUUCGGAAAGAUCACCGGCAAGAAAUGAAAACGUCAGUACUGGAUGAAUUGGAAGAGACGGCAGCAUGUUUUAUAAACAAUAUAACGAACGCAACGAAGAACUACAAUAAUCCAUUGUUGAAAAGCUUUCUCACUGGAGAAAUUACCUCGAUGCAAAAAGAGGAUAAGAAAUAUUUGCACGACGAAAAACCAGCAAAAAUUCCAGCAAAAUCUUCCAAGGACAGCAAAAAGUUAAAACAAGGUUCAAAUUCUAUUGAUUGUGAAAAAUUACAUCCAAAUCACAUCCUUGUAGCUGAAGUAAGUGAAAAUACUAGAAUAUCUAGAAAAACAUGCAACCGAGAGACGCCUCCGAGUGAUACAGGUGAAAAACUUACUCAAACAUCCAGAGCUAAUAAGAAAAAGAAGAAUAAGAAAUCGCCACCCAUUAAGGAAGAGGCAAUGAAAAAAAUUCAGCUGACCGCAACCAAAGAAGACCAAGUGAAUCAAGUUGGAAAAGUUAGAGGGCGUAAAAAAGAAUUAAAGAUUGAGCAGAGAAACAAUGAAAUAAUUCCAACAGUUGUUGCGUCAAAGAAGUCGAAAUCAGCACUGGAAAAUAUAGGGGACAAGCUUAACAAACAUUUAUCUGUAAAACAUAAAGCAACAGGAGCUUCGAACGCCAAGAGGAAGAGCAAGAUCAAACAAAAUACGUUAGAUUUCAAAGUGGAUUGUCGACUGCCCGCUGGAGACGGCAUCUUAGACGUUAAAGAUUAUGUAAAGUUCUUGGAGGAGCGUUUCAAGGUGAACGGCUGCGUCAAGAACCUUAACGAUCACGUGACCAUAAAGACUCUGGACGACAAUGUCACCAUUACGGCCUACGAUUAUAAGUACUCAAAAAGGUACCUGAAGUACCUGACCAAGAAGUACUUCAAGAAACGUGGACUACGGGACUGGUUGCGGGUGGUAUCUACCAGCCCUUCUGUCUACCAGUUACGGUACUACCCCGUCUACUGUCAACACGACGACGAGACAGACGACGACAGCGAGUGACCGGUGGUAUCUACCAGCACUUCUGUCUACCAGUUACGGUACAUAACCCGUCUACUGUCAACACGACGAGACAGACGACGAUAGCGAAUGACGGGUGGCAUCUACCAGCAAUUCUAUCUACCAUAUGUCUACCUGCACAUGUACUACCUACCAGCACUUCUGUCUACCUGCUAGUAUGCAAGUACAUGUGCUUGAAUUCUUGCUCAUCGCACCUAUUUUUAAGAUAAUCUUUAUUUCUAUUCAUAUUAACUAUUUACUCACCAUAGAUAUGAUCGAAGUCAGAUAAAUGGGCUGGGACUUAUAAGCAAAUGAUUCCGCUAUUAUUCUCGUAUCCAAAUCGCACAAAUUUCUAGACAAGCAUAAUAUAGAUAAUGAUUAUAAUUCGAACAAAUUUGUAUUUUUACUCAAUAAUUAAAAAUAUAUAUUUCAAAAAAAGUUUCUUGCCUCUAAUCCAAACGCAUUUUACAGACUUUGCUCGUAUUAUCAGAUGUUAAUAGUAAGACUACAGCUAUAUAUUCUCUGCAGUAAGUUAAAUGUGAUCACACUAGUUGAACUACCAUGCAACAGCUUCACACUUUAAUAUUGUUUGCAUCAACAACGGUAUAAUUCUUCUCAUUGAUCUUGAAUUUAUCUUUUGCUAGUUUUGCAAGUGCGUUUAACGUAAGCUCAAAACGUUACUGUGUGUGAUGAACGUUAUAGCGUACACUAACAAAACUUUAUAGCGUGGGUGGCGUUAGAGGGAACAGCUGUACAACGCUGUUCACUAAGUGCCACGUCGUGCAAGUCGCGAGCUCUCGUAUCAUGUUCGGGUUUCCCUUAUCUGUUUCUGCAGUCGAUGCGACUCCACUUAAAACAGUUAACUAGUGAAACUAAUAGUUAGGCUUAAAAUAAAUUAAGCAAAGCAUGGUCGGCGUAUGCGCGGCCAUCCAACUAUAGACGGCAGGCAUCCGGUGUGGUAAGAUAAGAGGUAAUUAUGGAACUAAGGUGACGGCGCAGCUUUAGAUAACAAAUGAGGAUAAAACUUUUGUUUUUAUUAUAAAAGGUUUGAGAUUUAAACUGCGUUUAAUUUACAAUAGUACAUUACUAUGAUUGUACGUUGCUUAUAGUACUUUUUCGAAAUAGCUUCAUAUCUUCACUCCAAUAUUUGAUAGACCAUUCUGUUUUCUGAACCUGGGUCAUUUCCUAAUUUCCAUGAAAUGCACGAAUAAGUUUACGCAAAUACAGUUGAAUACAUUAUUUUGUCGAGGUAAAUAAUGAAUAACCUCCAAUUUUUAAUUAAAAUUUGUACCUCACGAUCUCAA